CGCUCUAGAGGCUGAAGCGCUGGUCAGAAGAUGGCGGCUUCCUGGGCGGCAUGAAAAGAUGUAGAGUUAGACAUUUCUACAGUGAAAGACGCACCCAGGGUUGAAUUCGUUCUCCGAGUCCUCCCUCGUGAUUUUUAAAUUAAGUUAACGAAUCGGAACGAGAGCUAACGUCAGUGUGCUAUUGCGGUUAAAAGCUAACAAGAGGAGCAGCCAAUAGGAGUGGACAUGGCUUCUUCAGGCACUUCGGUUCUGCAGCCGCGCUGGAAGAGGGUUUUGGGCUGGUCUGGCCCGGUUCCUCGCCCGAGACAUGGACACCGAGCUGUGGCCAUUAAAGAGCUGAUGGUGGUGUUCGGCGGAGGAAACGAAGGCAUUGUGGAUGAGCUGCACGUUUACAACACAGCCACCAAUCAGUGGUUUAUUCCGGCUGUCCGGGGUGACAUUCCUCCCGGCUGUGCUGCGUAUGGAUUUGUGUGUGAUGGCACCAGACUCCUUGUGUUCGGGGGCAUGGUUGAGUACGGGAAGUACAGCAACGAUCUGUAUGAACUACAAGCUAGUAGAUGGGAGUGGAAACGAUUGAAGCCCAAAGCCCCUAAGAAUGGCCCACCACCAUGCCCUCGUCUGGGCCACAGCUUUUCUCUAGUUGGAAACAAGUGUUACUUGUUUGGUGGAUUGGCAAAUGACAGCGAAGAUCCCAAAAACAAUAUUCCAAGAUACCUGAAUGACCUCUACACACUGGAGUUGCGCCCGGGGUCUAAUGUAGCAGGCUGGGACAUCCCGAUUACAUACGGCGUGCUUCCUCCUCCCCGUGAGAGCCACACAGCUGUCGUCUACACAGAGAAAACCUCCAAAAAGUCUCGUCUCAUCAUCUACGGCGGCAUGAGUGGCUGCCGUCUUGGAGACCUCUGGACUUUAGACAUCGAUACUUUAACCUGGAACAAGCCUGCCAUAAGUGGUGCAGCACCCUUACCCCGCAGUCUCCACUCGGCCACCACUAUAACCAACAAGAUGUUUGUGUUUGGUGGAUGGGUCCCUCUGGUUAUGGACGACGUCAAAGUAGCAACACACGAGAAGGAAUGGAAGUGCACAAACACGUUGGCCUGCUUAAAUCUGGACUCGAUGUCCUGGGAAACAAUCUUGAUGGACACUCUCGAGGAUAAUAUCCCAAGGGCUAGAGCCGGACACUGUUCUGUGGCGAUAAACAACAGGCUGUAUGUCUGGAGUGGACGAGAUGGUUACCGCAAAGCCUGGAACAACCAAGUUUGCUGCAAAGAUCUGUGGUAUUUGGAGACCGAUCGUCCUCAGCCUCCGUCCCGUGUGCAGCUGGUUCGUGCCAACACCAAUUCUCUGGAGGUGAGCUGGGGUGCCGUUCCUACGGCAGACACGUACCUGUUACAGCUGCAAAAAUACGACAUCCCUGCUGCGACAGCUGCCACGUCACCAACGGUUAACCCUAUGCCGUCUGUACCCGUAAACUCACCCAAAAGUCCGGUGCCUGCCGCCGCUGCUCCUGCAGCUCAGAGUAUGCCACUCUCUGGGGUCACACUGGUGCCACAAGUCCCUUCCCCAACCACCGCCAUGCCAACCAGCCCGCUCGCCGCCUCUCCUCGUGGACCAGCUAUUCUUAAGGUGGCAGCGCCUCAUUCUACCCCUGGAACUUCAGUCGUUACUGUGCGUCAGGCCACACCAGGAGCAAAAUCCCCAGUGACGGUUACAUCACUUCCUGCAGGUGUUCGUAUGGUUGUUCCUGCGCAGAGCACACAGGGCACGCCAAUCGGCAGCAGUCCUCAGAUGAGCGGCAUGGCUGCAUUAGCUGCAGCUGCAGCCGCUACACAGAAGAUCCCACCUUCCUCCGCGACUACUGUGCUAAAUGUUCCAGCCGGAGCCACUCUUGUGAAGACCGUCGCUGUGACCCCUGGAUCCACGACUCUGCCAGCUACUGUCAAAGUAGCUUCACCUGUUAUGGUUACUAAUCCUGCGACUCGGAUGCUAAAAACAGCAGCAGCGCAGGUCGGCACUUCCGCCAUCUCGACCCCCAACACCCCGACUCGCCCCAUCAUCACUGUGCACAAAUCCGGCACAGUAACCGUAGCCCAGCAGGCCCAAGUUGUUACCACCAUGGUUGGUGGAGUCACCAAAACUAUAACACUUGUCAAGAGCCCAAUAACAAUGGGUGGCAGUGGUGCUCUGUAUUCUCAGCUCUCCAGCCUUGGGAAGGUGAUGUCUGUUGUCCAGACUAAACCAGUGCAAACAUCUGCAGUCACCGGACAGGCCGGAAGCAGUCCUGUCACUUUGAUUCAGACUAAGACGCCUCUUCCUGCUGGUACCAUCCUGAAACUGGUCACAUCUGCUGAUGGCAAGCCAACCACAAUCAUUACAACUUCACAGGCUGGAGGGACUGGCACCAAACCCACCAUCCUGGGCAUCAGCAGUGUCUCUCCAACUACCACCAACAAACCAGGAACCACCAUCAUUAAGACCAUUCCCAUGUCUGCAUUACAAGGUGCAACAGGCGUGACUAGCAGUGCUGGCAUCAAGUCCCCCAUCACAAUUAUCACCACUAAGGUUGUUACUCCUGGCACAGGGACUCCAGGGAAAAUCAUCACAGCUGUGCCUAAGCUGACAGGUGCAGGACAACAGGGAGUCACACAGGUGGUCCUGAAGGGAGCGCCAGGGCAGCCCGGCACCAUCCUGCGCACUGUGCCUAUGGGUGGUGUGCGGCUGGUUUCACCAGGCACUGUGUCUGCCGACAAACCAACUGUUACCACACUGGUCGUCAAGGGCACCACAGGAGUCACGACUCUGGGUACAGUAACUGGAACUGUAUCAACUAGCGUUGCAGGAGCCAAUGUUGCUAAUGCCAGCCUGGCGACUCCUGUCACCACACUGGCCUCCAUCGCCACUUUAUCCAGCCAGGUGAUCAAUCCCACAGCCAUCACUGUAUCUGCUGCCCAGACCAACCUCGCCACCGCUACAAUACAAUCUGCAUCUCAGCCUACUCAAGUAACCCUGAUCACGACCCCGAGUGGUGCUGAAGCCCAGCCUGGGCAGGAUCUCCCCGUCUCUUUCCUGGCCUCUCCCACAUCAGAACAGCCCUCCACCACCGGUGCAGAUGCUGGCGAUAGCGCGGGUGAUGGUGCCACCACCGUCACACUAGUAUGCUCUAACCCGCCCUGCGAGACCCACGAGACUGGAACAACAAACACGGCUACUACAGCUUCUGCCAAAAUAGGCACUGAACAGAUUUGUUCCAACCCUCCCUGUGAAACGCACGUAACGGGCACCACCAACACCUCAACCACCGCCUCUGCAAACAUGGGCAGGGCACAGCAGGUCUGCACCAACCCGCCAUCAGAAACCCAUGAUACGGGCACCACCAACACAGCCACCACUGCCAGCUGUAAUAUGGGCUCCACAGAAAUGGGUACCGUGAACAGCAAACCAGGCUCUUCAUCGCCGCCUGCGUCCUCCUCUUCUGAACCAUCGACACCUGUCUCAGAGAGUGGAGCCGAAGCAGGCGUCAUGCGUCCAGAAAACCUCCGCACAGGCACCACAUACACCUCCACCACCGCCCGCUCCAACAUGGGCUCUGACCAGACGGGAACAGUCCAGAGCUCCAAUAAGAGCCAAGCCGCCAUCUCCUCUACAAUGAUGCCAGUGAGCUCCAGCGAAUCUCCCGGUGACACAGACACUUCUGACGUCUCCGGCAGCGUCUGCUCAAAUCCACCUUGCGAGACGCGUGAAACGGGCACCACUAGUACACCUACACAAUCAAGCGCAGAUAUGGAGAGUGGACAGAGUGGUUCUGUGCAAAGGGUGUGUUCCAAUCCUCCUUGUGAAACACAUGAGACUGGCACCACCAACACGUCAACACAGGCAUCGUCUUCAAUGGCCGCUGGACAGAGUGGCACUGCGCAAAGGGUGUGUUCUAACCCUCCUUGUGAAACACAUGAGACUGGCACCACCAACACGCCGACACAGGCCUCAUCUUCAUUAGGUGCUGGACAGAGUGGCACUGUGCAAAGGGUGUGUUCUAACCCUCCUUGUGAAACACAUGAGACUGGCACCACCAACACGCCGACACAGGCCUCAUCUUCAUUAGGUGCUGGACAGAGUGGCACUGUGCAAAGGGUGUGUUCUAACCCUCCUUGUGAAACACAUGAGACUGGCACCACCAACACGCAGACCCAGGCUUCUUCUACUUUGGGUGCUGGACAGAGUGGUGCUGUGCAAAGGGUGUGUUCCAACCCUCGUGAAACGCAUGAAACGGGCACCACCAACACGCCGACACAGGCCUCAUCUGGUAUUGGCGCUGGACAGAAUGGCACCGUGCAAAUGGUCUGUUCCAAUCCUCCCUGUGAAACCCACGAGACGGGCACUACCAACACAGCCACCACUGCUACAAGCAACUUAGAAACUGGAGAAGGAGCAGCUCAGCAGGCUGGGGAUGGACAGAGUGAAAGCGCCACCAGCACAGAGCCCACAUCAUCUACAGAACCAGCCAAUCCCGCGACACAAAGCAGAGCCAUCACCACAGUAACACAGGCAACGCCCACUCCAGGACCAUCAGUACCGGAGAUUUCCUCCAUGGCUGGAUCUGCAGUAGUAUCUGAAACUCCAGGUGAGGCUGAGGCGAUGGAGCAGGCCAGUGCAGAAGCCGUGGCGGCGGGUGAAGAGCCUAUGCAGACGGAGAGUCAGGGAGAGCUGAGUGAAGAGGGAGCCGUCAGGGUCGUCGCCAUUGAUGAAAGUGCAGCAGGUGACGGGAGCACUGUGCUUCAGGUUCACGUCGCCAUGGAGGCACAGCCGGGGCAAGGAGAUCAGGCUGAGCAGAUGGAGGCCGGUGUGGAGGCAGCAGAAGCCAUGAGUCUCGCUGCUCAGGACUCAGAAGCCCUCGCCCUGCCACAGGAGCUGAUGUCUGCAGAAGGACAGCAAACCACCCUGAUGGUGACUGGACUGACCCCUGAGGAGCUGGCAGUGACGGCGGCGGCUGAGGCAGCUGCACAGGCUGCAGCCACAGAAGAAGCCCAGGCCCUCGCUAUCCAGGCCGUCCUGCAGGCGGCUCAGCAGGCGGUGCUCAGUGGGGAAGGAGACGCAGGUCACGACGGCCAGCAGGCCACCACCAUCCCUAUCGUUUUGACUCAGCAGGAACUUGCAGCUCUGGUCCAGCAGCAGCAGCAGCUUCAGGAGGCGCAGGCGGCCGCAGCACAGCAGUUAAGUGCUGAAGCCGCUGCCGCUGCUCUGCCCACUGAAGGUUUGGCACCAGCAGACAGCCUUAAUGACCCAGCGUCUGAGAGCAACGGCCAUGAGAUGCCAACCGCUGUGACCGGAGCUGUGGUUCGCCUCCUUCCACGCACUUCUGCAGAGACUCUAGCCCCGUCAAGUACUUUUGCGCCGUCUCAGCCAUUGGUGGUUGCCAGCCCUGCCAAGAUGCAAGCGGCCACUGCUUUAGCUGAGGUGGCCAACGGGAUCGAAUCUGCUGCUGGGAAGCAAGAAGCACCUCCUGUAGUCGUAAAGCCUCCAGUGAAAAAAGAGAACCAGUGGUUUGAUGUUGGUAUCGUUAAAGUCACAAACAUGGUCGUCACUCACUACUACGUGCCAGCAGACGAUUCAGCAGUGACUGAUGACGAUUCUGGCGCAAUCCCAGACUACAGCCGAAUGAAGAAAAUCGAGUUGUCUCCGGGCACUGCUUACAAGUUCCGUGUGGCCGGUAUCAACGCAUGCGGCCGAGGGACUUUCUCUGAGGUCUCUGCAUUCAAGACCUGCUUACCGGGAUUCCCUGGAGCACCGUGUGCCAUCAAAAUCAGCAAGAGUCCCGAUGGUGCUCACUUGACCUGGGAGCCUCCUUCAGUCACAUCGGGGAAAAUCAUCGAGUAUUCGGUGUAUCUGGCCAUCCAGAGCUCACAGACAGUCGAGGCAAAAGCGUCCGCUCCAGCUCAGCUGGCCUUUAUGCGGGUGUACUGCGGACCCAACCCGUCCUGCCUAGUGCAAUCGUCCAGCCUCUCCAAUGCCCACAUCGACUACACCACCAAACCCGCUAUCAUCUUCCGCAUCGCCGCCCGCAAUGAGAAGGGUUACGGCCCUGCCACGCAAGUCAGGUGGCUACAAGAAACUAGUAAAGAUGGCUCUGCGGCCAAACCUGCAGCAAAGAGGCCGGUGUCAUCACCUGAUAUGAAAGGCGCUGGUCCAAAGAAGGCCAGGUCUGACCAGUGAGAGCUCACCGUGACCCAUCAACCCGCCUUCUUAAUGAGCUCAACCAUGACUGAACUCCACACCCGGCUUUCACUUCUCACCCCAUUCCAUCAUCUGCAAUCAAACAGGAAGGAAACUGCAGCAAAAAUAGGAAAAACGUACAAAAAAGAAAGCAAAAGCGUUUUCAUUUUUGAGAAUCUGCUCCCAUCACUGGACAUAUUGGUGCCAUGGACGCCUGACUGUAUUUUUAGAGUAAAAAAAAAUCAACUGUUCCUCCUCAGAAAGCACAUACAUUUGCUUUUCCUGACAAUUUUGUGUAUAAGAGAUUCCAACGGCAGCGUUCAGUCCUAGUUAUAACUAUAUUCAGCUACUCAUUCUUGGUUUUCCCUCCCCUGAUAUUCAUUCAUUUUGGAGCUUAUUUCAAUACAAGCAAUAGAUAACCGAAAAUAGCGUUCGCUCUAUUGUCAGUUUGUUGACGCUUUCAUUAUUUGGGCAAGUCUGUACAUUUCAACCACAUGCUGAAAGGAAGAGCGCGGGGGAAGUGCGGAUCGCAUCGAUAUACAAUGAGAAAAUAAAACGGACAGCACUUGGUGUGACGCUCGUGAGGGAUAAAGACUCAUUCUGAGAAUCUGUAAUUAUUAAUUCACUUCGAGUUCAGUAGCCUGUUUUUGCAUCACUGUGUGUUCAUACGUUUGCCGUGAGGGACGAUUGCUGACCGCAACGCUGAGGACUAAACGGACAUGUAGAUGGAAAAAAAAAAACAUACUACUUUUGCAUUGCGUUCAACUAGAUCUUGUAUAAAGAGAAACAAAACCCCCCCUCCCCCAAAAAAUAGUAAAUGUUGAUACAGGAGUUCUUUGUGUGUGGUUUAUUUUUGUAUUUUUUUUUUUUUUUAAUUUUAAGAUAAGUUCCUUCAUUAUCCUGUACGUGUGCUUCAUGGCACGGUUUUAAAGCUCACACCAUUAGUUAUCAGCUCAUCUCUGUAGUCUCCAAGCUUGUGGAUUUGACGGUUUGUCUUAAGAGCCAGUGUUUUCACAUCCCCUGUUCACCUUUCUUUUGGGAUUCAUAGUGUAAAAUGUAUGUUUGUUCUGAACAAUGACACCUCUUCCCCGCCUUCACUCCUAAUAUUUUAUUCUUUAACAUUUAUGCAUAAAAAAAUAUAUAUUUUUAUUUUCUCCCUUGUCUCACUAGUCAAUUUUCCUGUACAUUUACUUUUUCCCCUGAUUCUUUUAUACGCUUGGUUUUGUGAGUUGCUAGAUAUGAUUUUGGAUUCUUCUCAAGCUGUGCAGCAACCAUUUUCAUCCUGUUUGGACUUUCGAAAAUGAGGUUUAAGGAUGCAGGCCUUUGUAAAUGCUCUCAAUUGGUGGAAAUUAUGGAGAGAUUUUGAUGGUUGUCUUUUUUUUUCUUUUUUGUUUUUUGAAUGGAAGUUGGAAACCGUUUGUUUCUAGUGGAUGGAAAAAUGGAUGGAUUGUUGGCUUAGCCAGACUUUGAAGUCAGUUGUAAAUUAGUUCUUUCACGUAGCAAGACGUAAAAAAUGAAAAACUUUGCCUUUUUUAUAUAAUUAUCUGUAACAAAAUGUUUUUACAUGUUGUCAUCUAUUGAUUGCUUUUGUGUCUUGACAUAUAAAAGUAAUGGAAUUCUGA